UGAUUCUGAUUCUGAAACAUAAAACUUCAGUGAGGAACCUCUGAGAACCAGAAUCUUAUCAGACUUUCACAGGAACUGGAUCUCCUCAGAGUUUAGACUUUAUAGGAUCUCGUCUGAAGGACUGACUCUCAUCAGACCGGGUCAGGGUUCCUGUUGGUGGGCGUGUUCCUGUUGUUGAACCUGCUGAUCAGCCUGCUGAGCUCUGAUUGGUUAUCUCACUGUUUGAGCGUUUGAGCAGAAAAACAGGAAGACGAGUUAUUAUUCUGCUGAAGCCCCGCCCCCUCUGCCUCUGGGUGAGGGGUCACAUGGUUUUUAUGUAACAGGUCCAGACCCGUCCCUCUCCUGCAGAGUCCUGGAGUCUCUGGCAGAGGUAAGUCCGGUUCAGUCGUCCUGUGAGUGAAGUUUGGUUCAAAUGUUUGAAUGUUUUAGAGAUUUUAGAGUUUUUAGUCUUUUUAGAGUUUUUAGAGAUUUUAGAGAUUUUAGUCUUUUUAGAGUUUUUAGAGUUUUUAGAGUUUUUAAAGCUGCAGAAACAGAAAGUGCUGAGUCACUGAAGAGGAGUUAUUUAAUCUGGAUCAGAUUAUCUGGAAAAACAGAGUCCGAAAAAAACAAUGGAUUCAGACCCAUUAAACCUGAUCUGUUCUGGACUGAUCCGGUUCAGACUGAUCCGGUUCAGACUGAUCUGUUUGGACUGAUUCGUUUAGACUGGUCUGUUCUGGACUAGUCUGAAUUGGACUGAUCUGGUUCCGACUGAUCUGGUUUCGACUGAUCUGGUUCUGACUGAUCUGGUUCCGACUGAUUUGUUCUAUACUGAUCCGAUUUGGACUGAUCCAUGUUGGAUUGAUCGGUUUUAGACUGAUCUGAUUUGAAAAGGAUCUGGUUCAGACCAAUCCAGUUUUGACUGAUCUGGUUCAGACCGACCUGGUUCAGACUGACCUGGUUCAGACCGAUCCAGUUUUGACUGACCCGUUUUUGACUGAUCUGGUUCAGGGUUGGUCCUCAGCACUCCGGGGCGUUUUUUAAUCUCUCCGUGUGUCUCGGUCUUUUUACUCUAUCGGCGAUAAACCAGGCGUGGUCGUGUUCAAAGGUCAUCUCUGCGGCACGUUGAUCUCCUCUCCUUUCUUCUUUGUUGGUAUUGAGCAGGAAGACUGCAGAUUGACCUCCUGACUUCUCUUCUUCGUUGGUGCGGAGCAGUGACCUGCAGAAAUGAUGGGGCUGAUGGAGGACGAGGUGUUCCGGGCCUUCACCACCUACGCCAGCGUGGUGGCGGUGAAGAUGGUGCUGAUGUCUCCGCUGACUGCGUACUUCCGCUUCACCAGAGGAGUACGUGUUUUUGUUUCUGUCAGAGCAGCCGAGACGUUUUCUCCAGAGUUUCUUCUCUUCAGGGUUUACAGAUGUUCAUUUAAACCUGUCUGUGCGUCUGUGUCCGUCUGUGUGUCUUUCUUCUUCAGGCCUUUGCUAACGCGGAAGACGUGGCCCUUAAACCGCCAGAGGAGAGGAAGAAGCUGCUGAGGACCGAUCCUGACGUUGAGAGAGUAAGAAGGUGAGCUCGCCUGCAGACGUUAGGAUCCCUCACUUCACCUGUUGAAGAUACAGUCACCCCCAAUUUUCACCGCAUCCGAGACAGCGGCGAUUUUCACCGUCCGCCAAUUCCUACUGGAUCCGUUUGUGAGGCAAAUUUCGUGGCAGAUUACAAACAGCGGUAAUCGCGAGAACUCACAAGAACCCGCAGAUUCACGUUCGAAAUCUAACGAAAUCUACUUCUAGACUUCUAGAAUCAGCAUCUCCUCAUCCAUGGUGUCAUCGGGGUGAAAUGACGUCUGAAAACCUUUCACUUGUUCGUCGUUCGUAUUUUAUUUUGAAAAGAAGCAGGAUGUUUUAUUUUGUGUCUGUGCCCGACUUCCUUUCCAGCACGGGUUAAUCUGUGCUGAAUUUAUCCGCCAUGCUCCGGCGUCCAGAAAAAAUAGAACUCUUGUGAUCAGCUGAGGAGUCCGGCGAUCCGCAGAGGAACGGAAAGAAGUCGGUGUAAAUUGACACAUUAACUCAAACGGUUACGAUCAGCUACGAUCGGAGGAUACGACCUUUUAGGAGACGAUCAGGAUGCGAUAAAAAUUCAGGGUAAACAUCCGUUAACGUCGAAUCAAACUAAAACCUGAUCCCGUUUCUGAUUCUCUGCGUUCCCGUCCUCCAGGUGCCAUCAGAACGACCUUGAGAACGUGGUUCCCUUCCUGGCCCUGGGUCUGCUGUACUCCCUGAGCGGUCCUGAACUCUCCUGUGCUCUGCUGCACUUCAGGCUCUUCGUCGGCUCUCGGAUCUUCCACACCGUGUCCUACGUCUGCACCCUCCCCCAGCCGUGCAGAGCCCUGUCCUUCAUAGUGGGCCUGCUCACCAACCUGUCCAUGGCCUACAGGCUGCUCAGCAACGUCAUGGUCCUGUAGACCUGGACCUGCUCAGCUGAUCACAUUCCUACAGAUACUGAGCGUGCUCGAACCCUCAGUGUUGCAGCUGUUCUCGUUGUUGUCAUGGUACGAUUAAACAGGUUUAAUAAAGUUUUCUAUCAGCCGUG